CACCUUUCCAACACAAGCAGUUGAGCAAUAGCUAGCAGUGAGAUUUGGUCCUUCCGAUCGAGUGAUUUCAGUUGGUGUUUGUUGGUGAGAGAGAAGAGAAGAGAAGAGAAGAUGGCCUCCAACCAGAACCAGGCGAGCUACGCGGCCGGCGAGACCAAGGCCCGCACCGAGGAGAAGACCGGGCAGAUGAUGGACAAGGCGGGGCAGGCCACGGAGGCCACGAAGCAGAAGGCCGGCGAGACGGCCGAGGCCACCAAGCAGAAGGCCGGCGAGGCCAAGGACAAGACGGCCCAAACGGCGCAGGCCGCCAAGGACCGCGCCGUCGAGAGCAAGGACCAGACCGGCAGCUUCCUCGGCGAGAAGACGGAGGCGGCCAAGCAGAAGGCCGCCGAGACGGCCGAGGCGGCCAAGCAGAAGACGUCGGAGACGGCGCAGUACGCGCAGGAGAGGUCCUCUGACGCGGCGCAGUACACCAAGGAGUCCGCCAUCGCCGGCAAGGACAAGACCGGCAGCGUGCUCCAGCAGGCCGGCGAGACGGUGGUGAACGCCGUGGUGGGCGCCAAGGACGCCGUGGCGAACACGCUGGGCAUGGGCGGCGACAACACCAACACCGCCAAGGACACCACCACCGAGAAGAUCACCAGGGAUCACUAGCUAAUUUGCUUCCUUUACUCGUUUGGUCGUUCGCGGGCCUUUUACAUAAUUGUAUGUUUCCCUCUUUUGUGAUUUCCGCUCAUUUAGGGUAAGUUUGCCUUCGAUUUGAUGUUGAUGUACUCGUGUCCGGUUCUGUAAUGAGUUACUUAUAAUACUUUGGUGUAAAUGGAUAACGAGGACAGUCGAAGGUGCUUCAA